UCAUCAAUCAACCAAUCGAGAAAAGAAAAAGGAGAAAAGACGACGGCCGGCCGCGCCGCACGACUAGUCGAAUACAAAUACUCCGUCUCUCCCUUCCUUCCUGUGUCAUCAGUCAUCACCUCACCACCAGACCAGACCAGACGCGUCCAACUCUUCCCUCAUCCACGACCGUCUACGCCUCCUAUCCAACCAGUUCCUCCACCGGCCGCGAGCCAGGACCGGCGGCCGGGGCGGCCAUGCAUAACCGGGCGGGCGGCGGGGGCGGGGCGGCGGGGGAGAUCGUGGAGGCGGGCGAGAGGAUCGUGCCGCACAGCGGGCCCCUGGGCGCCAAGCGCUCCGCCAUGCGCAAGAGCGCGCGCUUCGCCGAGUCCGUGUCCGCGCCCCUCACGGCGCCGCACGGGGCGCCGGCGCCGCGGGCCAGGAACGACGGCGGCGGCGACGACGACGACGACUACGUGGAGAUCACCCUGGACGUGCGGGACGACUCGGUGGCGGUGCACAGCGUGAAGCCGGCGGCGGGCGGCGAGGACUCGGACGUGAAGCUGCUGGCGCAGACGCUGGAGAAGCGCUCCUCCUCCUACGGCCAGGGCGUGCUCCGCACCGCCUCCACGCGGAUCAAGCAGGUCUCGCAGGAGCUGCGGCGCCUCGCCUCCGUCAACCGCCGGGGGGCCGGCCCCGGCCGCGUCGACAAGUCCAAGUCCGCCGCGGCCCACGCGCUCAAGGGCCUCAAGUUCAUCAGCCGCACCGACGGCUCCGCCGGCUGGCCCGCCGUCGAGAAGCGCUUCGACGACCUCGCCGAGAACGGCCUCCUCCACCGCUCCAAGUUCGGCAAGUGCAUCGGGAUGAAGGAGCUGGCGUUCGCCGGCGAGCUGUUCGACGCGCUGGCGAGGCGGCGGAACAUCACCGGGGACAGCAUCAGCAAGGCGGAGCUGCUCGAGUUCUGGGACCAGAUCUCCGACACCAGCUUCGACAGCCGCCUGCAGACCUUCUUCGACAUGGUCGACAAGGACGCUGACGGCAGGAUCACCGAGGAGGAGGUCAAAGAGAUCAUCACGCUGAGCGCGGCGGCCAACAACCUGAAGAAGGUCUCGGAGCAGUCGGAGGAGUACGCCCGGCUCAUCAUGGAGGAGCUCGACCCCAACAACCUCGGCUACAUCGAGCUGUACAAUCUGGAGAUGCUGCUGCUGCAGGCGCCGAGCCAGUCGAUGGGGAUCGGGACGACCAACAGCCGCAACCUGAGCCAGAUGCUGAGCCAGCACCUCCGGCCCACGGCGGAGCCCAACCCGCUCCGGCGGUGGUACCGCCGCGCCAGCUACUUCCUGGAGGACAACUGGCGGCGCUGCUGGGUGAUCCUGCUGUGGCUCUCCAUCUGCGGGGGCCUCUUCACCUGGAAGUUCAUGCAGUACCGGGAGCGCGCCGUGUUCAAGGUGAUGGGCUACUGCGUGUGCGUGGCCAAGGGCGGCGCCGAGACGCUCAAGUUCAACAUGGCGCUCAUCCUGCUCCCCGUGUGCCGCAACACCAUCACGUGGUUCCGCAACCGCACCGCCGCGGGGCGGUUCGUGCCGUUCGACGACAACAUCAACUUCCACAAGGUGAUCGCGGCGGGGAUCUCGGUCGGCGCCGGGCUGCACAUCAUCUCCCAUUUGACGUGCGACUUCCCGCGCCUGCUGCACGCCACCGAGGAGGAGUACGAGCCCAUGAAGCCCUUCUUCGGCAAGGAACAGCCGCCCAACUACUGGUGGUUCGUCAAGGGCACGGAGGGGUGGACGGGGCUGGUGAUGCUGCUGCUCAUGGCCAUCGCCUUCACGCUCGCCAUGCCGUGGUUCCGCCGCGGCAGGCUCAGCCUCCCCAAGCCGCUCAACCGGCUCACCGGGUUCAACGCCUUCUGGUACUCGCACCACCUCUUCGUCGUCGUCUACGCGCUGCUCAUCGUCCACGGCCACUUCCUCUACCUCACACACAAGUGGCAAAAGAAGUCGACGUGGAUGUACCUGGCGGUGCCGAUGGUGAUGUACGCGUGCGAGCGGCUGACGCGGGCGCUGCGGUCGAGCGUGCGGCCGGUGAAGAUCCUCAAGGUGGCGGUGUACCCCGGCAACGUGCUGUCGCUGCACUUCUCCAAGCCGCAGGGGUUCCGGUACAAGAGCGGGCAAUACAUCUUCGUCAACUGCGCCGCCGUCUCGCCCUUCCAAUGGCACCCGUUCUCCAUCACGUCGGCGCCGCAGGACGACUACGUGAGCGUGCACAUCCGGACGCUGGGCGACUGGACCCGGGAGCUCAAGAACGUCUUCUCCAAGGUCUGCCGGCCGCCCACGGAGGGCAAGAGCGGCCUGCUCCGGGCCGAGUACGACCGCGACGGCGCCAUGUCCAACCCGAGCUUCCCAAAGGUGCUGAUCGACGGGCCGUACGGCGCGCCGGCGCAGGACUACAAGCAAUACGACAUCGUGUUGCUCGUGGGGCUGGGCAUCGGGGCCACGCCCAUGAUCUCCAUCAUCAAGGACAUCAUCAACAACAUGAAGCGGCUCGAAGGCGACGUCGAGUCCGGCAACCCCGGGGACGCGAGCACGUCGGCCUCGUCGUUCCGGACCCGGCGCGCCUAUUUCUACUGGGUGACGCGGGAGCAAGGCUCCUUCGAGUGGUUCCGCGGCGUCAUGGACGAGAUAGCUGAGUCGGACAAGAAGAGUGUCAUCGAGCUCCAUAACUACUGCACUAGUGUCUACGAGGACGGGGACGCCCGGUCCGCGCUCAUCGCCAUGCUCCAGUCCCUCAACCAUGCCAAGAACGGCGUCGACAUCGUCUCCGGCACCCGUGUCAAGACCCAUUUUGCCCGACCAAACUGGCGCAACGUCUACAAGCGUAUCGCCCUCAACCACCGUGAACAGCGUGUCGGAGUAUUCUACUGCGGUGCACCGGUGCUAACAAAGGAGCUGCGUGACCUUGCGCAAGAUUUCUCGAGAAAGACAAACACGAAAUUCGAGUUCCACAAGGAGAAUUUUUAACUUCUGUAGGCAACCCAGCCACAAGAAGUUGUUCUUUUUGCGGAAAGUGUGUUAAUUCAGUACAUAUUAAGUUCUUAUUCCUAUGAGUAGAGCGACUAGAUCAAAGGAGAUAUUGAAUGUGUUGAUUUAGUACAUAGCAAGCCUUGUACUUAUGAAAAGUAGAGGGACUAGAUCAAAGUAGGUAUUGGUUGAUUAUGACAAGUUUGAUCAGAUUUCGUCA